GCAGUGACCAUGUUACUAGUGCUAAACUGAUGUUGGGAAAACAAACAAAAUGUACUCCACUUUCGGUUUUAUCUAUUCCAUCGCCAAAUGGAUAAUAUUGUUUAUAGUUCUGAUACAUUUUGUGAAUUUUUGGCUAAGAACGAAGACGUACCUAACCGAUGAUGCAGAAAUUGCGGCUAUUGCGUCAAAAUACGCCCAUACAGGUCAAGGAGUUGAGUUUGCCUACGGUAAAAUCAAGACAGAGUUACGAAAACGAUUCCCAGGUCAUAUCCUGCCGAUAGAGGAAGAGCAGUGGAUGUUUAUGAAUGCUGGUGGAUGGAUGGGAAGCAUGUGUAUACUGCAUGCCUCAUUGACAGAAUACAUCCUUUUCUUUGGAACAGCUGUGGACACUUCAGGGAAUUCUGGAAGAUACUGGGCCAACAUUUCUGACACCAUACUAACGGGAUCAUUUCGACAAUGGAAGGAAGGUGAAUUGGUUUCAAGGGUGUUUUCACCAGGUGAAACUGUUUUUCACGCUUGGGGUGACGUCACAGCUGUGCAGUGGAAAGCUGGCACGUGGAUGGUGGAAUAUGGUCGUGGAUUUAUCCCCUCGACCUUAGGAUUUGCCUUAGCGGACACUUUUUUUAGCACGACUGACUUUGUGACUCUGUUUUACACAAUACGUGUGUACAGCAAAGCUUUGUUAAUGGAGGCAGGAUGUUCGUUGGAAGAUUUUAGAGUUUAUUUAAAAAAUAUUUUAUGAUUUAGAUAUAAGGUAAAAAAAAAUGGAAAUGAUAUAAGAAGAGUGAUGAAUGUGUGUUGUGUGAUUGAUGAUAAAAAAGAAAAUAAAUGGUGGUUGAUGCGACAAUUAAAAAACUGUUUUAUCUGUAGGGUUUAGUGACACAGCAGGACCUAUAAACCCUGGUUUAUUUUGAUGAAAUUUUCGACCCACGGGCUGGAAAGGCUCUUCUGUCAUUAACAUGUUUUGGUGUGAUCUGUGUUCAAUAGAUAUUCAGUGAAACCUGUCUUUACUGACCACUGACUUUAACAACAUCCUGUAACAUCUUACCUAUCCAACAGAACAGCUACAUGCUCCACUGUCACUGCGGACACUUGUUUAACCGAGGCACUCUCAUGUCUGACACAUUGACUUGGUCCAAUACAGUGUCAGUAAAGUCAGGUUUCACUGUAAAUUGAAUAUAAAGAAAAUCUAAGGUUCCUUAUAUAAACCAGAUAUAUGCUACAUCUCCGCUUCAUUUCUGACAAAGAGUAAUUAUGAUCAAUUGACAACAAGAAUAGACUCUUGUAUAUUUUUAUACAUAACCAAACUUUCAAAGGUUUACACUAUUACCGCUGUCCAAACAAUUGAGCUUCUAAUUCAAUCUUUUAAAUUUAAAGAUUCAAAUUUUUGGCCUACCAUUAUCAGAUGGUGGGCUAUUAAAACGGCCCUGCCGAUCUUAAAAAAGAUAUUGACAUGAUAUUGACAUGAAAUUCAUAUGAAAUUCAAGUGAAUUUCACAUGAUUCUGUCCAGGUCAACAAGAAUUACUAGUAUAAUUUGGUAUAACUUGUUUUGUAACUGUAGACUAAA